AUGGAUAAUAAUCACCUAGAAACACUGCCCUUCAUAUUAAGAUCAUUUCCUAUUCAGUUCCCUGAGUCGUUUGAGCAAGAAAGUCUACGAGGUGUCAAUGCACAAUUUACUGUGAGUGUUAUUUCUAAUAUAUUUGCUGUAAAGCUUCUUCCAGGAUGCACUACCAUAGAUGAGCAUAAAGCCAUUGAUACAGUGCUUGCAGAGGUGAAAGGUUGGAGAGCCAAGUGGAGUGUGCAGAAGAGUUUUGAUCUAAGUGUUGCUUCACAGACUGGAAGUGACAAGAAGUAUGGUGGACUGAGUUUAUCAUAUGAAGAUGUUGGGUCAAGUUCUUGCAGUUACAGGUUGUCAUCGAGUACCAUAGGAAAAAAAUUAAGUUUAAUACAGGUUGCCUCAUGGAAUUAG